AUGGCACCCAUGGCAAGACCACAGGCAAUCUUCCACAAGUCUUCAGGAUCCCAAGUAUCAUCACACGACAAUGACGACCUGGCUCGCGUGUUCGUCGGCCGCGGCGAGAAGAUGAAGGAGUUCCGGAUUAACAAGCAGAAGCUCAGCAAUGCCGCCCCCUUCUUUGAAGACCAACUGGAUGCCACGCCAGCCGGCAUCGUCAAGGUCUCUUCCAGCCAGACGCCAGUGCCGGUAUGGUUGCCUCAGCAAACGUCGACCAUGCGCCUCCCGAACGAGUCCGCCUCCAUGUUCGAGCUCUUCGUCGUGUGGCUCCACCAGCCCGACGGCUUCCGCCGCCACCUAGACGAGAUGAUCACCCUCGUCAGCGACGUGCCGGGCGUCCCCUGCCAGCGUCUGCACUGGGCUCUCGUCCGGCUUCACGUUUUCGCCGCCAGGCUCGACCUGUACCACCUGCAGGACCUGGCCAUCGACGCACUGCAAGACAUCUACCUCCGUUGCGACUGGGACGUCACCCCCCGAUUCGUCCAGUUCGUGUAUGGUCAGUGUGACGCCGAGGCGUCGAUGCGGCUCCGGAGGUGGACGGUGGCCAUGGUCUCCUGGUCAGUCGCGGGAGGAGCCUCGUCCAUCAGGGAGGACGGCGGGCUCGAGAGGUUCCAGGACAUGUUUGAGCGGUUCCCCGAGUUCGCGACCGAGUACACGUCGCACCUGCGCAAAAUGAAGUCGAGCAAGCUGGACACGCGCAUCAAGAACCCGCAGCUGCGGAUCCCGGCGAACAAGCUGCGCAACGAGGAGAGGCAGUUCGGGUUCCGGCAGUGUUCGUUCCACAGCCAUCGCGCGGCCGUCGGUGAGCGCCGGUGUCCCCAUACGACGGCCAGCAGGGAGCUGGACAACUUCCUCCUGGUGCCGCUGGUCAUGGAGAUCGCGCCUGAGCCGAGUCGUAGCCGUUCCCGUUCCCAUCGAGAGAUGCCACAGCACCUCCUGCGGCAGAAGAGGAUGGCGCACGCGGCGCGGGCUUAUUGA